UACUCGUGCCUUCUGCCAACUUGUGCGGCUAGACGGAGUGAUUUGAUCUUCUCUAACUUCUUUUCACCUUUUCCUAUUCGACCGAUAAUCGCUAUCCCUCGUUGGAUUGCUAUGAAUGAUACUGUCAUUUCUGGAAACAUCUAAUCGCGCAUUACCCUCACAUUGAUAGCAAUCGCAGCAAACAUCCCCUCACCCUGAAGCUUGAGUGGGGAUUAUCGCAAGCUUGCUGAUAGUACGAGCAUCAACAAGACACAGUCGACACCAUGUUGGACGGCUUACACAAUGGCCACUCCAAGGAGGAGCUGAAAUCGCAAGGCGCCAUUGAAGCUGCCCAAGACCCGCACUCCAAAGUCACAGCUGCAGACGCCGAGCAGAAGAUCUUGGAAGAGUCGAAAAAGGGUGGAGCUGCUGCUUUCCAGUUCGACACUGAUGCCUCGUCUGCCGAAAAGGCCCGUCAAGUCAAGGCUCGACUGCCGCCAGAGCUGCAACACAUCCGCAAUCACCAGAGUGUCGCACUCGCUUCCGACCAAGACACUUCCCUCAAGCCCGCCUACGACAUUCCUACCGCGCCUUUGAGUGCUCCUCUUCCAUCACCAGCCAAGUCAAGUGCAGAGUCGGUCAAUGGCACCGCCGAGAAAGAGGAGGACUGGGCAAAGGUUGGCUGGGCUCCUCGCUUUGGCCAACUUCCCGACAGCGCCAGCAUCGAUGGAAGCAUGCUGGACCACCAGACCAUGCUCGAAGGCAAGCUGGACGACAAGUUCUUCGGCGAUUGGUACCACAACACAGGCAUCAUCAUCUUUGCCUGUCUCUCCUCAUGGGUCGUCGCCGUCCUUGGUGGAGGUCUCGGCUGGUUGUUCAUCGUCAUGGCCGUCUGCGGAACCUACUACCGCACCUCAAUCCGCAGGGUCAGACGCAACUUCCGCGACGACGUCAACCGUGAAAUGGCAAAGGCCCGUAUCGAGACAGAUGUCGAGUCUCUGGAAUGGAUCAACAGCUUCCUCGUCAAGUUCUGGCCCAUCUACGCUCCUGUCAUCUGUACUACAGUCGUCAGCUCCGUCGACCAGGUCUUGUCAACUUCGACUCCCGCCUUCCUUGACAGCAUGCGCAUGAAGUUCUUCACCCUCGGUACAAAGCCUCCUCGUCUUGAGCAUGUCAAGACCUACCCCAAGGCCGAGGACGAUAUUGUUCUCAUGGACUGGAAGUUCAGCUUCACUCCCAACGACACUGCCGACUUGACUGCUCGCCAGGUCAAGAACAAGAUUAACCCAAAGAUCAUUCUUGAGAUCCGUCUUGGUAAGGGUAUGGUCAGUAAAGGAAUGGACAUUAUCGUCGAAGACAUGGCUUUCUCCGGUCUUAUGCGUGUCAAGAUGAAGCUGCAGAUUCCUUUCCCUCACAUCGAGAAGGUCGAAAUCUGCUUCCUCGAACGUCCUACCAUUGACUACGUCUGCAAGCCUCUUGGUGGUGAUACUUUUGGUUUCGACAUCAACUUCAUUCCCGGCCUCGAGACAUUCAUCCAAGAACAAAUUCACGCCAACCUUGGUCCCAUGAUGUACAACCCCAACGUCUUCCCUAUCGAGAUUGCAAAAAUGCUUGCUGGAAACCCUGUCGAUCAGGCCAUUGGUGUCUUGCAAAUCACUUUCCACGGCGCUCAAGGUCUUCGUAACCCUGACAAGUUCUCUGGCACCCCCGACCCAUACUGUACUGUUUCCAUCAAUAACCGCGACGUCCUUGGUAAGACCAAGACUGUUCACGAGAAUGCAAACCCUCGCUGGAACGAGACUGUCAAUGUUGUCCUCACCAGUCUCAAGGAUGCUCUGACCUUGAACGUCUUCGAUUACAAUGAGAUUCGUAAGGAUAAGGAGUUGGGUUCUGCUACUUUUGCUCUUGAUCAGCUUGAGAAUCAGACCGAGUUCGAGUCCCAGCACCUUGAAGUCAUGGCAAACGGACGCGCUCGUGGUGUUAUUCAGGCCGAUAUUCGUUUCUUCCCUGUUCUUGAGGGUGAGAAACUUCCUGACGGCACUGUUCAGCCUCCUCCGGAAAGUAACACUGGUAUCGCCAAAUUCACCAUUGAAAGCGCAAAGGAGCUUGAUGGUAGCAAGAGUAUGAUCGGUCAACUCAACCCUUACCCCGUUCUCCUUCUCAACGGAAAGGAGAUUCACAUUGGCAAGAAGCUCAAGAGAACAAACAACCCCAUCUUCCCCGACGCCACCAAGGAACUUCUCAUCACCGACCGCAAAAAGGCAAAGCUUGGUCUUGUCAUCAAAGACGACAGAGAUAUGGCUGCUGAUCCCAUCAUCGGCACUUAUCAACUCAAGCUCGACGAUAUGCUUGAACUCAUGAGCAGAGGUCAAGAAUGGUACAAUCUUGCUGGUGUCAAGACUGGUCGUGCCAAGAUGUUGUUGCAAUGGAAGCCUGUUGCUCUCAAGGGCGCUCUUGGUGGUUCUGGAGGUUACGUUACCCCUAUCGGUGUUAUGCGUCUUCAUUUCCAGAACGCCCGCGACUUGCGCAACCUCGAAACUCUCGGCAAGUCUGAUCCUUACAUCCGCGUCAUGCUCUCCGGAGUCAUCAAGGCCAGGACAGUCACCUGGAAGAACAACCUCAAUCCUGACUUUGACGAAGUCUUGUAUAUUCCUGUCCACUCUACUCGUGAAAAGCUCAGUCUCGAGGUCAUGGAUGAGGAGAAAAUUGGCAAGGACAGAUUGUUGGGUAUGAUUGAACUUCCUGUCUCGGAUUAUGCUCAACAAGACGAAUCUGGCGAGUACCGCGUCGACGACACCAAGAAGGCUCUUUCUCAAAGUCUGCGUCUCGGAGCGACUGGCUCACCCAAGGGUAUGCUCAACUACACUGCGUCGUUCUUCCCUACUUUGAAUGUUGUCGACCCUGAAGACGAGGAGAAGGACGACAAGUCCAACUUGGGAGUUUCGGAUCCCACUGUUGAACCUGCUACCCCUACUACUGAUGUCGCUCCUGCUACUGGACGUGCUCGUAGUAACACUGCUGGCACUAUUGGUUCUCUCAAGUCCAACCCUGCUGCUGCUGAGAUGCGUCAACAACUUGCUGCCAAUGAAAACAACCAAGAUGAUGGUCUGCCUAUCAAGAAGGAGGUUCCUAAGGUUCGCAUUGGAGCGGAAGAUCUCGCAAACUACGAAUCUGGUCUGCUCGUCUUUAAGAUCCUUGAUGGCGAGCUUGCUUCUCCUGGAUGCCAUCUCGAAGUCAUCAUGGAUGAUAUGCUGUUUGCUUCAUACACAUCAUCCAAGACUCGCUCAAAGAACUACCAGUUCAAUGAAACUGGUGACGCCAUGGUUCGCGAGCUUGAUCUGUCCAGAAUUACCCUUCGCCUUGUGGAAGAGGUUGAUUCCAAGGGAGAUGACGACCACGAUAAACACAUCAAGGCCAAACUCACUGGACAGACUCUGGAAGUGCUCAAGUCUGCUCUGUACACACCUACCAAGCUUACUCUGAAGGACAGCCAAGGUCGUGAGAGCAAGGUCACUGUCAGCUUGAAGUAUCUCCCUGUCAAGAUGAAGCUUGAUCCUUCUGAGAGCAUCAACAACCAAGGUAACCUCCGCGUCGAUGUCCUCGAUGCUGCUGACCUCCCUGCCGCCGACCGCAACGGCUACUCCGACCCCUACUGCAAAUUCACCCUCAACGGCAAGGAGAUCUUCAAGUCCAAGACCCAGAAGAAGACCCUUCACCCCGCAUGGAACGAAUACUUUGAAGUCCCCAUCCGUUCGCGAACGGGCGCGAACUUCCAAGUCGACGUCUAUGAUUGGGAUUUCGGCGACAAGGCAGACUUCCUCGGUAAGGCUGCCAUCAAUCUUGACAUCCUUGAGCCCUUCCGUAGACAGGAGGUCACUCUUGGUCUUGAUGGAAAGAGUGGAACCAUUCGCUUAGGCAUGCUCUUUAAGCCAGAUUAUGUCACCAGAUCCCGUCAAGGCUCGUCAACAUUCCACGGCACUUUCGCCGCUCCUGGAAAGAUUGUCGGUGCUCCUGUAAAGGGUGUUGGCAAGGGUGCUGUCUUUGUCGGUGGAAAUGUCGUCAGAGGUGCUUCGUUCCUCGGCCGCGGCUUCCGUCGCAGAAAGUCAAACGCCGAGCAGAAUGAUGAUGAAGUUAUCACUGAUGAUACGCCUAUGCCCGCUUCUGGCAUCUCCACCGGCGCCGCUUUGACUGAACAACAAUCUCCCGAAUACACCGUCAAUGUCGAGGCACCAGGCACGCCCCACUCCCGCACCAAGAGUUUCGGCAAUAACACCACUUCCCCCCACGGAUCUGCGGAAACAGGUACAGCAUCACUCUCCGUACUCUCCGCCUCUGGUUUCCCCGCCGGCACCAAAGUAGAAGUCAAAAUCCUCCACGAUGGACCUCAAGGACUCAAAGAAAUCAUCAAGACCAAACCUCUCAAGACCAAAGGCGAAGAUGUUUCUUGGGCCGAUCAACGACUCGAGAAAAAGAUUUCUUGCACACCCGACUCGGGCUUCAGGAUUGUGGUUUCCGAUCACCAUACUUUUGGCAAUGGACAAGAAUUGGGAGAGGCGCAAUUCUUCAUCGAUGAUCAAGGCAACGGAGGCGAGAAGGAAGUUAAAGUCGGACAAGGCACCGUUGUUGUCAGAAGCAGUUGGCGUCCUAGCACUGUCGGAUCGGAUACCGCAUCUAUGCUUGGCUCCAUCCGUGGAAGUCCCGGCGGUGCUAACCUGAAUGCUGGUGGCAGCAUCGGACGCAGAAGUUUCAUGGGAAGGAGGGAAAGAAGUGUUACACCUUCUGCUCCUGGUGCUGGUCAACAGCAAUCUUAGAAGGAAAGGAUGCAAAUGCAUGGGCAUGUUGGUAUGGAGGGUGUGAGAGGGUUGAGGAAAGUCAGUGGAGAUGGCUUGCGUAAAGCCAGUUUUGGGAGUUUGAGACGGAUGAGUGGGACGAGGAUUAAUGAAUUUGGACUGAGGGCGAGAGGCAGGAGUCCAGCUAGUGUUACUGGGGAGGAGGGGAUGGCUAGUUUGGAUCGUCUUGUGAGUCCUGGGGUCAGCCCCGAUGGAGGUGAUGGUGUGGGCCAGAAGUGAGAAGCAGAGGGAGUGAGAAUGGGAGUGAGAAUGGGAGUGAGAAAUGGAGUGAGAGUGCGAGUGGGAGUCAGAAGAUGAGAAGAGGCGUUCUUGGGUCGUGAUU